AUGAAUCUUAUCGAUCCUCCUUUGCAUGGGAAUAAAUUUACUUAUUUCUGCUCUGAUGGUAUUGCUGCUAGUAGACUGGACAGGUUUCUUGUUUCGGAUGGCAUCAUGAAUCUAUGGCAAGAAAAGGGGCAGAGGGUUGGUAAACGAGACAUUUAUGAUCAUUGCCCCAUAUGGUUGGAAUGUUCUAAUCUUAAUUGGGGUCCUAAGCCUUUUCGUUUUAAUAACUGUUGGCUUGAACAUGAUGAUUUCAAGUCUUUUAUUGUUGAGGAGUGGAAGAAGAUUCAGAUUACUGGAAGAAAGGCAUAUGUCAUAAAGGAGAAGCUGAAAAUUAUUAGAGAGAGUUUGAAAAAGUGGAAUAAGGAGGUGUUUGGGUGGCUAGACCUUAAUAUAGAAAAUAUAGUGGCUGAGAUGAAUAAGUUGGACAGAGGCAUAGAGGAGGGGUGUAAUCUUAAUGAGGUGGUGAAGAAGAAAGAAGCAAAGGCAUUAUUUUGGCAACAACUAAUGAUGAAGGAGAGCUUGUUGAAACAGAAAUCUAGGUUGCGUUGGAUUAAAGAAGGAGAUUAUAACACAAAAUUCUUUCAUUCUUGUCUUCAAGAUAGGAGGAGAAAGAAUCAAAUUUUAUCCUUACAAGUGGAGGGGCGUUGUGUGGAACAGGUUGGGGAAGUGAAGAUGGAAGUGCGUCGAUUUUUUGAGGAAGGAUUCAAGGAAGCUUCUUUUUCUAGACCGGUGUUGGGGGGGAUAGAGUUUCAGACUUUGGGGUCGGAAGAAAAUUCUUUCUUAGUGGCACCAUUUUCAGAGGAGGAGAUAAAGGAUGUAGUGUGGAGUUGUGAUGGUAAUAAAUGCCCUGGUCCGGAUGGUUUCAACUUGCGCUUUAUAAAAAAAUGUUGGGAGUUUGUCAAGGAUGAUAUUGUUGAAUUUUUACAAGAAUUUCAGAUCACAGGUGUGCUUCCUAAAGCUAUUACGGCUUCCUUCUUGGCUUAG